AUGGGAAAUUUAGAGGCUUGGAUGGACGAGCGAUACCUUCAAGAGCUUUGGACGUCUAUUGGUGAAAAUGUGGUUGUCAAACUUAUGAGGGACAAGAGAACUAGUAUUAGCGAAGGUUAUGCUUUUGUUGGAUUUGUAUCAAAUAUGGCAGCCCAAAGAGCGCUGGCCACUAUUCAUGGAACACAGAUCCCAGAUACAAAUCUUUCCUUUAAGCUUAACUGGGCUUCAGGGGGAGGUAUUCAGGAUAAAAAAGAAGAUCGCUUAGAAGAAUUCAGUCUUUUCGUUGGUGAUCUUGAUACUGAAGUAGAUGAGACUUACCUCUUGUCUUUUUUCCAACAUCGCUACCCUUCUUGCCAUUCGGCUAAAAUUAUGACUUAUCCUACUACGGGCCAAUCAAGAGGGUUUGGAUUCGUUCGCUUCCAUGACCCGAUAGAGCAGCAAGAAGCCUUGAUAGAAAUGAGUGGAAUGUAUUGCAAAAGCAGACCUUUGCGUGUAUCCCUUGCUACUCCUAAAAACAACCAACUCAGAUACCAGCAACUAUCUCUAAAGGCACCUGCACUCAUUCAGCAACCAACCAGUCCAAAUAAUACGACUGUAUUUGUUGGUGGUCUGUUAUCUGCAGUGACCGAAGAUGAGUUGAGAUGCUACUUUAGCCCGUUUGGCGAAAUAAACUACGUCAAGAUCCCUCCCAACAAGAGCUGCGGAUUUAUACAGUUUGUCUCUAGACGUUCUGCAGAGGUGGCAAUGGAGCAAAUGAAUGGAUUUCAGAUUGGAUCAUCGCGCAUCCGACUUUCAUGGGGACGAACGCAUCAAGAGAAGCCGCAUGGACCUUUAACCUUUGCAUACCCACCUCACACUACGACACAUCCAGACACUGGACUUAAUUACUCAAGGUAA